AUGGAGGAAUUCGAGGGAAAAAGUUCUACCGGAUACGACAAUGGCGCAGUAGCUCCUAAAAGGAAAGUACGUAAAGGUACUAUCAAGGGCCCGAAAGUAACGAUUGCUCUUCUAAAGAGAAAACUUAAGCAGGAGAAAAUCCGUAGUUCGGCUCUAGCCACGAAGCUGAAGAGAGCUCGAUCAGAGAAGCGACAACUGGUUGAGCCUACAGAUCCUGACAUCGACGAUUGUAGUUUUAUGCAAAAACACUCAACUAUGCGUGAAUCCCAUUAUUCUCACCGCAAAGAUGAGUCAAUGCUAGUUAAGUCCAUGAAUAAUCUGUCAGUGGCAACUUUGAACGUUCCUGAGUGUAAACCUCCGCAGGGCGAAGAUGACGUCACUCGUAAGUCAUUCGAGCAAUGGAAGGAGUUGCUUGAGGCUUCGAUGGAUUUGGCUGGCAUCGAAAGCGAGUCGACUAAAAUGCGUUUCUUCAAAAUAAAAGCAGGACAGCAGCUGAUGGACAUUCUGGAUAACACAACUUCAUCUGCCGAUGGUCCGGAUUUCAUUUUGGAACCUUAUUCGGAUGCCAUUUUCAGACUGCAGAAAUACUUCGGUUCAAGACAAUAUUUAGCGUCUCAUCGACAAAAACUUCGCAGUAUGGUACAAACAACUGGCGAAUCCGAUUUGAGUUACGUUAAGCGUGUGAUUUCAGCAGCAAAAAUGUGUGACUUCGAUGACGAACAGCUUGUCGAAAAUGUAGCUGAUGUUAUUCAAUGUCACUCUAUGGAUGUAAAAAUGCGCGAUAUUGGUCGGAAAAUAUUUAGGAAGGGAUCGUCCCUAUCGGAUCUUGUUGAAAAAGUUCGUUCCCAUGAACUCGACAAACUGAACGAAGAAGUGUUUGCUAAGACGCAUUCUCAAUCGACUGAAAAUUCGGUAGCUGCAGUUACUUUUUCUCAACAAUCCAGAAAUCGUGGAUCCAACGGUCGUUUCCAAACUCAACGAGGAGGGUACCAGUUCCAAAAUCGUGGAGGGUACCAAAAUCCAUACCGAGGCGGAUCUCAAACCGCGUACCGUGGUGCCUAUCAAUCUACAUUUCGCGGCGGCUAUCAGCCCAAGUCUGAUCGUAAUAACUGGCGUAACAAUCAAGGUCCAUACUUCCGUCCCAAUUAUGAUUCUUCAUCAAUAAAACAACCGGUCCCGUGUUGGCGUUGUACUGCAAAUUUUCAUGACGCCGAGGACUGCAGCGCAAAGUUUAAAGUUUGUGAUAAGUGCGGCCUGGAAGGUCAUAUUCAACGGGCUUGCUCUGAUAUUGUACGGAACAGAUGUUCUAAGCUGGGUGAGAAACGUCGAAACCAGAAUAGCCAUGAAGAUGCGGUUGCUCCUAAAACAAAGAGAAUUUUGAAAGUUAGUAAUGAUGGCGAUAUGAAUGAUCAAACAAAUGGAGAUCCAUCUGAAAAGGAAAAUGCUGAACAAUUGUUAGAAAUACCACUCUCUAUAGGCAAAGUAGGUGAUACCAAAACUACUGAAGAAUUAAUUGUUGGCAGAAUUGCUGAUGUUCCGGUAGAGUUUUUGAUAGAUUCCGGGGCAGAAGUCAAUACGAUCAGCAGUGAAACUUUUAAAUUGCUAAGCAGUAGUAGUGCCUCACGGGAUAACUUAUACAACGUCAGAGAGGGUUCAGACAAACCGCUCCGUGCAUAUGCUCAGUCGGAAGUGAUUCCUGUUAAAGCAACAUUCGUAGCUGAAUUGUAUCUUUCUGAUGACCGACCAAUCCUUAUGGAAAAAUUUUAUGUCAUCUCAGGGGCAAGAGCUCUUCUGGGUAGAGAAACAGCAAUUCGAUAUAGUGUUCUACAGUUAGGACUUCGUGUGCCUGUUGGGGAAGAUUCGGCUAAGCUUAUUAGUUCCCUGUUGGCUGGAGAGCUAAACACGUUGUCGGAGGGUGCUGAGUUUCCAAAAUUUGUUAUGCCGGCAGUUACAUUGUCAUACGAUGCUAGCAAACCUCCGUCAAGGAAUAUUUAUACGAACAUCCCACCUGCUUUCAGGCAAGAGACCGAGAAAAGACUUAAUGAACUGCUUGAAUCAGGAAUCAUCGAACGAGUAACAGAAGGAAUGAAUAAGUCCUUCUGCUCCUCCUUAUUGGUAGUGCCGAAGGGCAAAGAAGACAUUCGAAUGCCGACUCUCGACUCUAUUUUAGCGAAUCUGGAUGGAGCCAAAUGGUUCUCGACACUUGAUUUGACAAGCGCGUAUUUUCACGUGGAGUUGUCCGAGGAAUCGAGGCAUCUGACGAAUUUUUUCGCUGGUAGUGCGACGUACCGGUUCAAAAGAUUACCAUUUGGGCUCACCAACGCGCCCGAUAUUUUCCAAGAAGCCAUGGAGACUAUUGUCCUAAAUAAUUGUCCAGGAUCCGUCAAUUACUUGGAUGAUGUACUGGUUCACGAAGAAGAAGAGUUCAAUCAUUUGAAACGAGAAGCUCUCCAAACAAUAAAACGAUUAGGAUAUUUCGACUAUAAACACAAAACGGAACUGUACGUAGACGCAUCGCCCAUAGGGCUUGGAGCGGUCUUGAUCCAGUUCGACGACAAAGACAUCCCAUGA